GGGGGUGAGGGGGGGGUUGAUCAUGGCAAUGUGACCCGCUGUGCUCUUCUUGGUCAUGUCGGAUGAAACGAUGACCACCCGUGAGAGGCCACGCCAUCGGGCACCCGACUCCAGCCUCAGCCACUCCUCCUCUCCACACACCCACACCCACACACCCACAUACCCAUACACCCAUACACCCACACACCCACACACAAUGUCAACAAGCCUCUCCCAGGAAGAGGUGGCUCUGUUCAAGGACGUGUUCUCGAUGGUGGACAAGGAUGCAGACGGAUCGGUGUCUGCAAGCGAACUGCGUGGGGUCAUGCGCAAGGGAAAGCUCUCACUGGAUGCUUCUGUGGAGGAGUUUGAGGACAUGAUCAAUGAGUUUGAUGUGGAUCGGGCAGGUACACUUGACUUUCCCAGUUCCUCGACAUGAUGGCUGCUAUGAAGGGCGUGGGCCGGACGAUGGCCCAGGAGGAUGACGCUAUCUUUGCUAUUCUCUCUGGCUACGCUGCAAGCCCUGGCGAAGACGGCGAGGACGAGUACAUCACCGCCGCAGACCUCUCCAAGAUCAUGGCCGCGCUCGGCGAGUCCAUUGGCAUGGACGAGGCAGAGUCCAUCAUCUCCCACUGCAUGUCACAGUCGCAUGCUCCGGGCGUCUCGCGCGAGGACUUUAAUGCCUUCCUCCUCAGCUCGCAGGAGAAGAAGUCCCAGGACUAGGCCCGGCUGACCCGCUGCCCGCCACGCCCACAUCGCCCCCGCCCGCUUUGCCUCCACCCGGCUUGCUAUACGCCCGCGCCGCCUCAAGCCGUGCCUGCGCCGCCCGGCUCCGUGCCGCGAUCUUGGCCAGCCGCCUCUCCUCUGCACUCGCGCCGUGUGUGAGUCGCUGCCACCAUCAGCCCGCUCCCUGCCCUCCCCCAGCAGACGUACCCUCCUGCCACUCGAGCUCAUCUUCGAUCUCCGACUGCGGGCGAGCCUCGCGCCGCUUCUGCCUGUACGCGCGGUCGUUCUCCAUCAUCUGCUUGUGGUAGUACAGAUAGCCGACCACACCCAGGACCACCGCCGUCCCCGUGUAGCUCACCCACCGGCGAGGCUUGAUGAACAGCUCCGGAUUGAGCAACCUGCCGCCCCACCGAGUCAUCACCCCCACCACACCAUCAACCCACCAUCAUCAG